AUGGAAGUUGCUUGGAAGCCUCAGGGGUGGUCUUCCAAGACUGUCCCAAGACCAUUCCAAUGCAAGGGUCAAAUUUUGAGACAGCCAAAGACGCUACAGCGAAAGAAGAACAGUGCUUCUGUGUGCUUUGUGGAGGAAUCUCCUGCAAUUAUACCGCCACACAAAUCCUCUGAGGAGGAAGAGGAAGAGGCAGAGGAAGAUGGGCAAGGUAUUGAUGAUGGCGAGCCUGCUGUCGCAUUAUAUGACUUUGAGGGCAUGGGCUCAGAUGAAUUGAGCAUGCAGGAGGGUGAGCGGCUCUGGAUCAUUGAGAAAGAGGGCGAAGAGUGGUGGAAGUGCAGAAAAGAAUCAUUUGAUGUCAACAAUGAUGAUGGUCUUGACGGGCUGAGGAUUGCUGAUGGGAGUGAUGGUCAAAUGUUUGUUGCCUAA